GCGCGGCCAUCUUGGAAGGGGAGCGGCCACGGGCGCAGCCAUCUUAGGCAAAACGGCCCCAGUCGCGGUAAUUGGGCCCAAGCUCCGCCCCUUCGCUCCGCGACUGUCUUCCCUCACCCUCCCUUAAAUCCACCCUCUGCGGUCUGUUUUCCUUUUCACUCGCCUUCAUUGCGCGUUUGUCUGUGUGUAUGCUCUCCUCAGCCUGAGUGUCUGUUGUGACUUAAUUCUUCCCCCGGGGACGCUCUCUCGCGCCCGCCCGCUCCCUCCUCGCCCCGGCCCCGACUCUGCCGCGGCCCCGCCGAUGUCCGAUCCUCGACAACAUCUAACCUGCUUUGACUGGCCCUUUUCCCUGGGUAUGGCAAAUCUAUUGCCCGAUGGUCCUGUGUCCCAAGAACGCUAACACAGGAGCUGUCCUCUGAGGCUCUGGAUGACUUUAUUCGUCAAAUGGCUUUACCCUUCCAGUAGCUCCAGGCAUCCUCCAUUCCCCUAUCCAGGAAAAUGUGAUGCGCUACAGGUAUCUAUCAGCUUCUAGAUCACCACUUCACAAGUGUCUUGAGUGGAAGAUUCAGGCUAGCAGAAGCUUGUCAUCGGGAAGAUGUCUAAAGAAAUGGCAGACCAAAGAGGAGAAGCUGGGGAAAAAGAGGUAUGUGGACACCAGACCAAAGGAUCGGACAAAGAGGAGGAAACACCAGCAGUUGCCUCAUCCCAUGGCCAGGGGUGGCGUCCCGGUGGCAGAGGAACUAGGAACGCAAGGCCUGAACCCGGGGCCAGACCCUCUGCCCUCCCCGCCAUGGUCAAUGAUCCACCAGUACCGGCCUUACUCUGGGCCCAGGAGGUGGGCCAGGUGUUGGCAGGCCGUGCCCGCAGGCUGCUGCUGCAGUUUGGGGUACUCUUCUGCAGCAUCCUACUCCUGCUCUGGGUGUCUGUCUUUCUCUAUGGCUCCUUCUACUAUUCUUACAUGCCACCAGUCAGCCACCUCAGCCCCGUGCAUUUCUACUACAGGACCGACUGUGAUACCUCCAUCACCUCACUCUGUUCCUUCCCUGUUGCCAAUGUCUCGCUAGCUAAGGGUGGACGUGAUCGGGUGCUGAUGUAUGGACAGCCGUAUCGCGUGACCUUAGAGCUUGAUGUACCAGAGUCCCCUGUAAAUCAAGAUUUGGGCAUGUUCUUGGUCACCAUUUCAUGUUACACCAGAGGCGGCCGAAUCAUCUCUACUUCUUCGCGUUCAGUGAUGUUGCAUUACCGCUCAGACCUGCUCCAGAUGCUUGACACGCUGGUCUUCUCCAGCCUCCUGCUGUUUGGCUUUGCAGAGCAGAAGCAGAUCCUGGAAGUGGAGCUCUAUGCAGACUAUAGAGAGAACUCGUAUGUGCCGACCACUGGAGCAGUUAUUGAGAUCCACAGCAAGCGCAUCCAAAUGUACGGAGCCUACCUCCGCAUCCAUGCACACUUCAGUGGGCUCAGAUACCUGCUGUACAACUUCCCGAUGACCUCAGCCUUCGUGGGUGUUGCCAGCAACUUCACCUUCCUCAGUGUCAUCGUGCUUUUCAGCUACAUGCAGUGGGUGUGGGGGGGCAUAUGGCCCCGGCACCGCCUCUCUUUACAGGUGAACAUCCAAAAAAGAGCCGGUUCCCAAAAGGAAGCCCCGCGAAGGAACUCUGCCCAUCAGUCAGGUAAAGGAUGUGAAGGCCAGGAGGAGCCAACCCAGCAAUCGGAUGUUACAGAGGAUGGUGAGAACCCUGAAGACCCCUCAGGGAUAGAGGGUCAGCUGUCUGAGGAGGAGAAACCAGAUCAGCAGCCCUUGAGUGGAGAGGAGGAGCCUGAAGCCAGUGAUGGUUCAGGCUCCUGGGAAGAUGCAGCUUUGCUGACGGAGGCCAACCUGCCUGCUUCUGCUUCUGCCCCUGCCCCUGAGACCCUGGGCAGCUCGGAACCCUCUGUGGGUGCACUCCGACAGCGCCCCACCUGCUCUAGUUCCUAAAGAAAAGGGCAGAUUCCUCACACUCCAGCACUUUCCCACCUGACCCCUUUCCCCUUGUUUUUCCUCCAAUAAACUAUUUUCGUGCCAGCUGC